AUGGAACAGAUUUUCAAGUGCAGAGUCAUGAUUGAGAAAAACCCGCAACACCAACGUGAGCUCUUCCACCACUUCAUCGACUUUGAGAAAGCUUUUGACCGCGUUUUUCAUGAUGGCCUAUGGCAUGUUAAGAGAGGAUUUAACAUUGACGAAGGGCUGGUGCAAUACAUUCAAUACCUCUACGGAAACCACAGCAGCGCAGUACUUCUCAAUGGACAGCAGGGGGACUUCUUCAGGACAUCAGUCCGGAAGCCGCUAGUGGAGAAGCAGCGACGGGAGCGGAUGAACCACAGCAUCGACAAACUCAGGGUUCUCAUAGCGGACACUAUCACGCAGCAGGUUGCCCCUAUGACUCGCGUAGACAAGGCCGAUAUUCUGGACCUCACAGUGUUACAUCUGAAACAACUACACCAGUUUUCAGUAACCAUAUCAACCGAAGCUUCCGCUUCCGCAUACAGCACCGGGUUCAAGGACUGUCUCAGAGAGGCCAUGACCUUCCUCGGCGCUCAGAUGGUCACAGAUUCGUACACGAUCAAAGCUCUCAGUGACCACAUACACGUAACAGGUGCUCAUUCCGUACCGAACUGCAGUGAACGUUAUCAAACCAUUGCACAGCGACACAUGUCUACUCCGGCAAGAAUGUGUGACGUCAGUAACAGUAUGACCUCAUCGCUCCACACUCCAAACGUUUCUCCCGUUGCAAACUACGCCCGCGUACCAGAAGGAUAUCAGAAUUGCAGAGCUUACCGUGAAUGCAAAGUCAACCGGACGCAUACUAGAACCAACAUCUGUAGUCAUGAUAGCAGUAUGGACUCUGGUUAUUCCAGUGAAAACAACUCUACGACAAUGAGCGGCAAUGUAAAUGUGCCCCACUCGGAUGGAGUUGUCUCCAUUGGUCGAGGUCGAGAUGACGAAAUUGGUCACGUGAUUAAAGAUAUUUUAUGGAGACCCUUUUAACAUGUCUAUGUGCGUUACAUAUUGUGUGUUAUUGUUUUCGAUUGUUAUUUUUUAUAUGUAAUUUAUAUGCACAUAUAAAUACAAAUGUGAAAAAC